AUGGGUUGCGUGAGCUCGAAGCAGGCGGUGUCCGUCACACCAGCGCUGGACCAUUCCGGCGGGUUCGGGUCGGGCCGGGUUCAGGUCGGAUUGGAUCAGCACCCUAGUUUCAACAAGAGUGGGGAUCACCGUCACCAUUAUCAGGUGGUCGUAAGUUGCGGAGGGAGCGAGUUGGGUGAGUCAGGAAGAGUUCCGAGUUCAAAUGGCGAGUCCUUGAGCUUUAGAUUGAGGAAUUUGCACAAGUACAUUGAAGGUGAGCAGGUGGCCGCAGGUUGGCCCGCCUGGCUAAGCGCCGUCGCUGGCGAAGCCAUUCACGGUUGGGUACCUCUCAAGGCUGAUGCUUUUGAGAAAUUGGACAAGAUAGGACAGGGGACAUAUAGCAGUGUGUUCCGAGCACGUGAGACUGAAACUGGGAGGAUUGUUGCUCUGAAGAAGGUUCGGUUUGACAAUUUUGAGCCUGAGAGCGUUCGAUUUAUGGCAAGAGAGAUACUGAUUCUUCGUAGGCUUGACCACCCCAACAUCAUGAAAUUGGAUGGAUUAAUUACUUCACGGUUAUCAUGUAGCAUAUACCUUGUCUUUGAGUACAUGGAGCAUGAUAUCACUGGACUCUUGUCUUGCCCUGAUGUCAGGUUCAGUGAGUCUCAGAUUAAGUGCUACAUGAAGCAGUUAAUAUCAGGACUUGAUCACUGUCACUCAAAAGGUGUAAUGCAUCGGGACAUCAAAGGAUCAAAUCUUCUUGUAAACAAUGAAGGUAUACUGAAGGUAGGAGAUUUUGGAUUGGCAAACUUCUGCACUUUCGGGCACAAACAACCUUUAACCAGUCGUGUUGUGACUCUGUGGUACCGUCCUCCUGAACUUUUGUUGGGUUCCACUGAUUAUGGAGCAUCUGUGGAUCUUUGGAGUGUAGGCUGUGUAUUUGCAGAACUUCUUCUUGGAAAACCUAUCCUUCAAGGGAGAACAGAGGUUGAACAAUUACACAAAAUUUUCAAGCUUUGUGGGUCCCCGCCUGAAGAAUACUGGAAAAAGUCUAAACUUCCUCAUGCAACUUUAUUCAAACCUCAGCAACCUUAUGACAGUUGUCUUCGAGAGACCUUUAAAGAUUUGCCAACAACUGCUGUGAACCUGAUUGAAACUCUUCUCUCAGUAGAGCCUUACAAGCGUGGGACUACUACUUCUGCUCUUGCAUCUGAGUAUUUCAGCACAAAACCUUAUCCAUGUGAUCCAUCAAGCUUUCCAAAAUACCCACCUAGCAAAGAGAUUGAUGCAAAAUACCGCGAGGAGUCAAGGAGGAAAAAGAUCAGUGGGAGAGGUCGUGGCACUGAAACAAGAAAGUGUACGAGAAAACCAUGCAGAAUCAGUAAAUUGGCACCAGGAGAGGAUCUAGCAGCUCAAAUGCAAUGUGCUCAAAUCAAUACCAGUAAUAUGCGUAUUCCAAAGGGAGGAGCUGGCAAGUCUGGUGGAGAGGCACGGAAGCAAUCGAUUGAUAAGUUUGAAGAGAUUUUCCAUAUAAAGAAUGCAUCCCAAGGAGACAUUCCAUUUUCUGGCCCAUUGCAAGUUUCUAGUUCAAGUGGUUUUGCUUGGGCAAAAAGGCAAAAAGAUGAUGCAUCCAUAAGAUCCCACAUCAGGUCUAUUUCAAGAGGUUGUUCUAAUAAUGGAUUAGAACCCUCUUCUGCAUUGCAAGAGAAGAAUAAUUCUGACUCUAAAGGACAUGAUAAAGGGGAUCUCAUAUAUGGAGUUCGUACCAAUUCUAGAGGCCAUGAUUCAUAUGGGAUUUCUAAGCUUGCUUUGCAGAAACAAUGGAGUCAGUUUGAACGUCCAGAUUCUUUUGAUGCUUCUGAGGAGUACCAUUCACAAGAACUAUCAUUGGCCCUUUAUCAAAGAGAGGGAAUGGAAGCCAAGAGAAGUAAUUUGGUUUUUCAAGAUCAAGCGGCCAAGGUUGACUUUUCUGGACCCUUGUUAUCCCAAACGCACAGAGUGGAUGAACUCUUAGAAAGACAUGAGCGCCACAUUCGCCAGGCAGUCCGAAAAUCAUGGUUUAAAAAAGGCAAGAAGCAUGGAAAGUGA